AUGAUUCAUGAUGAUGGAUUUCUUAAUACAUGUCCAGAUAAGAGGCAUACAUUGAAUGAAGAUAAAGUUCGAGAAGUGCUUAAUGCUGGAAAUGCUACAAAUAGUUCUAAUUCAACCGAAUUUGAAACUGUGCCAUACAACCAAGAAAAUUGUGAAGCACUUCUAAAGACUGCUGUCCUCUUAAAUGGAAACAAGCACUUAGUUGGAGAAAAUGAUUUUGCUUUUUCUUUAUUUUAUCAAGGCGAAGGUGCGAAACCAACUUCCAUUUUCUAUCCAGUACGCAAUAAAUUAACAGAUAAAUAUCAUGUUAUCAUUGAAAGUCCACCCGUUGUGCCAGUAAAUGUAAGCGAAAAACAAUCUCAGCAAGAAAAUUUACCAAAUGACGCUCAAAAUCAGCAAAACGACAAAAGAGACCAAUUAAAUGGAAAUGCAAAUGAUCCCAACAGCAAUAUUUCACAAGGGAAUGGAAAUGAACAAAAUAUUGAUCCACAAAACUCACCAGAAUCACAACAGACUCAAUCUACAGAAUCUACCCGGGCACUUUCUAAUCCAGAUAAUCAAAAUAGUCAAGAAAACAAAUCAGAUGAAAAUUCUCAAAACAUAACUUCUCAAAAUGAUCAAAAUAACCAAGAUAAUACAUCAAAUCAAGCAACACAAGCUACAGAUCAAACUACUGAUCAACAAAAUCAGCAAAAUCAAGGAAAUGAUAAUUCUCAAAAUUUAGAUCCACAAAAUGAUCAAAAUAGUUCAAAUAAUACAGACAAUCAAACUACAGAUCAAAAUUCUGAUCAACAAAACCAAGGAAAUCAAUCAAAUGAUAAUUCACAAAAUAAUUCUUCUCAAAACGACCAAAAUGAUCAAAAUAGUGCAGUAAACCAAACUACAGAUCCAAAUAAUCAACAAAACCAAUCAAAUGAUCAGCAAAAUCAAGGAAAUGAUAAUUUCCAAAUUAAUUCUUCUCCAAACGAUCAAAAUAGUACAGUAAAUCAAACAUCUGAUCAACAAAAUCAAAACCAAGAAAAUACUGAUGAAAAUCAAAAUAAUUCUUCACAAGAACCACGAGUAAAGGAAAUUGAGUUUGAGAGUUUGGAAGAGAAACAAAUCAUUGUUUACGGCAUUCUGAGUUACUUGACAUUCCUUGCGAAUAACAACUUCUAUUAUCCAGUAGAAAAAGACAUUUAUGAGUACAUUUAUUUAGACGAACAAAGCAGACCUAAACUUCGAAUUCCCCCAUUUUCAGUCACACAAGAAAUGAAGAAACUAUCAAAAGAAGAAAUCAGAAAUCAUCAUCUCAAACUAUUUAAAGAUUUUUACAGAUUAUGUUUUUCAGAUGAAGAAUAUCAAUCAAUCGAAUCAUUCACUUCUCUUGAUGACUUACAAAGUGAAUUAUACAAUUCAUUUAAAGGCAAAAACAAGCAAUUCGAUGAUUAUUUCAACGAAAUCAUUAAUUAUGGAACGAACAACAAAAAUUCAACAAAAACAGAUAAAGAAAUUGAUGAUCUUUUCUUGAACGGAGAUGAUGACCAUAAAUGGUCGAUAAUUCGAGAAUUAGUUGAUCAAACAGAAGUAAACACAAAGAACUACCAGAUCUUGUACUUCAUCUACAAACUACAUCAAUGGGGACCUCCUAAUUUAUAUUUAGAAAUAUAUUAUUACAUCAAACUCAUGCAAUUCAAACCAGAACUUGAUAAUUUCUAUUUAAACAGCGAUAAUGAUUUGUACAAAGCAGUUUAUUAUGAAUGCAAAUACCAUGAAUCUAGAUAUUAUGAAUAUUUCUUCAAAUCAUUGGAAUAUUACAAUAAGUCAUUAUCAAAUAAAGAAUAUGAUGAACAAUUCAUUAAAUACAGACUUUCUAUUCUUGGCCAAGACUUGGAAUCUCUUCGAAUAGUUGCAGAUGAAGGAUAUCCACUCGCUAUUUACGAUUACGCAUUGGAGAUCUCUAAAUAUGAUAUCAACAUCGCUAUCUCUUAUUCGGAGAAAGCAAUUCAAUAUAUGUUUGAAGCAAGAGAUCUCACAGCGAGACUUAAAUAUAAUUUUUAUCUUCUUCAUCCAGAUGAACGAAUUGAGAAUGAUAUAUUUAAUCUCUGUAAUGGAUAUAAAUCUCUUUACUACAUCACAGAUCGAUUGUUUGUUCGUGCUUGUCAUUUAUUAAGUAAUGAAAGAAUUAGUAAAUACAUCGAAAGUAAAAUUAAUAAUGGAUACACAGAUAUCAUCAAACAUUCUGAUACUUGUAUCAAACAAAUCUUCAAAUUUUGUGGUUCAAAACAGUUGAUACAACUUUAUCCAGAAGGAAGUCGUCAUCUCAAGAAGAUGAGAUUCCACAAAGGUUACACUAUCAUUCAUCUUUUCGCAGAAAGAGGUGACGUCGAAGGUGUUAAAUAUUGCAUUGAAAAACUGAAAUGUAAAACAAAUAAACUCGUUAAUAAGAAAAAACCUAUUGAAAUUGCAAGAGCAAAUAACAAUAUCGCUGUUGUUAAAUAUCUCGAAUCAUUAUCACCCAGUAAUAACAAACCAACAUCUUCAAAUUCGUCACAGAACAGAAUUGGUUCAACAAAACCAGGAAGUUCAAGACCAACUAAUUUAUCAAGUAAAAAUUCAAAAGCUAACAUUGCUGCUCUCAGAAUAACUCACUCAUCAAGUAUAAAAUGA